CUUUAUAAAUCCAUCUCUUCAUGAAAUCCUAAUGCACAUUUAUAUUACAAAACCAUUGUGACGAUUUAAAUUCGUAAAUCGGUAAUCACAUACUUCGUGCCUCAUGCCUAAGUAAACAAUUUAAAGGUCAAGCUAUAUUAACUCCCUGAGACGGCAACCACUGCUUCUCCUUUUUUCUAUUCGCCAAGACGGGACAACUCACAGCCACCUACCCGAGGUGGACCAGUUACAAAGAGGCUACUUCUUCGUGUCUUUUCCAGCCAGUAACAGCCCGUCUCUCCAGCCAGAGCAUAAUCUUCCCUUUCCGCGGGGCGGGCACAGCUAUGAAGGGUGAAAGAAGCUCCACCCCCUCUUUUUAUUCUUAAUCGAUGUUUUCGGUUUUCCGGAGCAUUGCCUGGCUCUCUUUACCGAGGCUUGAUCAGCACGGCCUGGCGCCACGGCUGCCGAGCUGUCGCUCCUGGCUCAGGCCGGUUGAUGUUCACAGCAGCCCCGACAGUGGCUUGACGGCUCCAUCUUUGCUUUGCGCUGAAAGCUUCGCAUUCCUGGCGGUAGAAGCAGCGUCGAAGGUUGAAGCUCACUCUUUCUCGUUAGUCCCCCUUUACAGAGGGAGGCGCCGCCGCGGAGCCCGGCAGCCGCCAUGAGCACCGAAGAUGAAAUCAUCCGCAUCGCUAAGAAGAUGGACAAGAUGGUGCAGAAGAAGAACGCGGUUCAAGUUGACAGAGGUAAUGUUGCACAUAUGGAUAUUCAAAAAUCAAGAUCAGUUGAGUAAGAUUAGAGAAGAAAAGGCAGGGGCUCUUGAUUUACUCAAGGAACUUAAGAAUAUGCCCAUGACUUUGGAAUUGUUACAGUCUACAAGAAUUGGAAUGUCUGUGAAUGCAAUUCGAAAGCAAAGUACAGAUGAAGAAAUUACAUCUCUAGCAAAAUCUCUCAUUAAAUCAUGGAAGAAAUUAUUAGAUGGACCAUCAAAUGAUAAAGAAUCUGAAGAGAAGAAAAAAGAAUCAGCAUCAUCUUCACAAAAUAGUCCUGAAGCAAGGGAAGAAAGCAGUUCCAGUAGCAAUUCAAACAGCAAGAAAGAGGACAGUAACCUUUCAUCAGAAACAUAUAUCUCUUCUUUUCCUCGGGCUCCAAGCACAUCUGAUUCUGUACGGAUGAAAUGCAGAGAAAUGUUGGCAGCAGCUCUCAAAACAGGAGAUGAUUAUAUUGCUAUUGGUGCUGAUGAGGAAGAACUAGGUUCUCAGAUUGAAGAAGCUAUAUUUCAGGAGCUAAAAAAUACUGACAUGAAAUAUAAAAAUAGAGUGCGCAGCAGGAUAGCAAAUCUUAAAGAUACAAAAAAUCCUAAUUUAAGGAAAAAUGUUUUAUGUGGAAAUAUACCUCCUGAUAGAUUUGCUAAAAUGACAGCAGAGGAGAUGGCAAGUGAUGAACUGAAAGAAAUGAGGAAGAACCUUACCAAAGAAGCUAUAAGAGAGCACCAGAUGGCUAAAACAGGAGGAACACAGACUGACCUAUUUACCUGUGGUAAAUGUAAAAAGAAGAACUGUACUUACACCCAGGUUCAGACCAGAAGUGCUGAUGAACCUAUGACAACAUUUGUUGUGUGCAAUGAAUGUGGAAACAGAUGGAAGUUCUGCUAGAAGAAGAAAUUGUUGGACCAGUAAAAAAGAUAAUUUUAUAAUUAGGUUUAAGAACUAGGUAAAGCAUCCAACUUCUUGUAGAGAUGUUUUCGUUUGUUUCCUUUUAAGCAAAUAUCUCUGAACUUAGAUUUUGUUUUUGACAUGACCAUCCCUGUAGUUAAUAGUCAGAGCCAGGAUGCUCAGUUGUAUGGUGUAAUAUUUUUUCCAUUUUUAUAAGCAACUCUACAUUAAACUUUUAUCAAUGAAA